AUGACUAAUAGAAUAUCAACAACAACUAGUAUUAACAAGACUAAAGUAAUUUUAAUUCAAGGAGCAUCUGGGUCUGGUAAGUCUACAAUAACCAGUUUAUUAUUGUCAUUAUUGAAUCAUUUAGACAUUAAUGCAGUGUCAUUAUCAACUGAUAACUAUUACUUGAGUACUGAUUCUUCACUUACGUCAAAUGGAAAGUAUGAUUUUGAUAAUCCAGCAGCAAUUGACUGGGAUGCAGUGAAAAAAACUUUUAUUGACUACGGUAAUAAUAGUGAGACAAUUGAAAAAAGAAAUUACAGUUUUGAAACUGAGGCUGUUUCAUACACAGAAGAAGUUAAUAGUAAGCCAAGUGUGAUUUUAUUUGAAGGAAUAUUUUCUUUUAAUAUUUUUUCUGAUCAAAUUUUUGAUGUAAAUAAUUUUAAUUGUUUUGAAUUGGCAAGUGAACAUUCUGAUGAAAAAAUGUUUAUUAGUAAUGAUGUAGAUUUUAAUGCUUAUUUUGAUGUAACAAGAAUUUACCUUAAUGUAGAAAGAGAGAUUAUUGAACGGAGUAGAAUUUCUAGAUAUUUAAAAGACAAGUCAAGAAAAUCCAAACCUCAGUAUAAAGGCUUAACAGAUGAUCAAGCAUUGGCUUCUAUUAAAGAAAAUUUAGAAAAGUAUGUAUUUCCCAGUUCAGAAAAAUGGGUUUCUUUGGGUAAGAAAGGUGCAGAUUUUAUAAUUAAAAAAGGAUCUUUUAGUGAUGAAUUAAUCAAAGUUAUUUGUAAUUUAAUUACUCAUUUAAAACUAAAACCAAAUGUUGAUUCUAAGUGUAUUAGUAAUCAUUUAGAAGAAAGUUUAUUGAAAAUUAAAUAA